AUGGCGUCUUCCAAUAGGGCAAACGGGCUAUCGCUGGUGCCGCCGCUGAACUUCGCCACGGUGGAGGAGGGCGUUUUCAGGAGCGCGUACCCCACAGAGGCCAACGUGCCCUACCUGCGACACAUUGGCAUUCGAAAUGUGGUGUUGCUCUCCAUCGAAACGCUGCCGGGUCCGGUAAAGCGAUCCCUCGGUGCGGAGGUCGCUGGCAAGGCAGCCACCGGCUACGCCACGCGCGGCCCUAUCCGGGUCAUCGACGUAGCCGACAUGUGCACCUGGCGUGUGGACGGGAUGAACAGUGGGGAUGACUUCAGUAGGCGGGACGUUGUCCGUGCGUUGGACUUUGCGGUGGAUCGACAUUGGCACCCGGUCCUCUUCGCCUGCCCGCUUGGCGAGCUACAAACAAGCGUACUGGUAGGGUGCAUGCGGCGGUACCAGCACUGGUCUCUCGCCUCCAUCUUCAGCGAGUGCGAGUUGUUCACCAGAGUCUGCCGCAACCUACGUUCCUCACUGCUGUUCCUCAUUGAGUCGUGGGACCCGGUGGUGUUUCCUAUCAGCGCGGUGAACAUACAGUACCGCAAUCGUGAGAUGCACCUGCGCGACCGCACCCGCGCCACGGAAGAGCGGCGGCGCCACCGGCGUGCCACGGCCGCCGCCUCGCUGGCUAAAAAUCAAAAGCCGAACCUCUCUGAUUCCGUCCAAGACGGAGACGGAGGAGAGGAUGACGAAGAAGAGGAAGGCGACAACGAAGAUGAUGUUGUGGAUGAGGUGCACAGCGGCGUUAGUGAUUUGGUGGAUAGGUCCGCCGUCACCGACCCGCGAUUGAGCAGCGUCACGACAUCACCGCACAAGGCACGUAGCGAGGCGAGUGAGACACGCACCCCACCGAUGGUGGAGCUGCGGACGAGCAACCAGGCGGCAGCAUUUAUUUCGACGAGCGGGCAGCGACCACCGAUGACGAUGCGCCGCGCGGCAGCGCAGCGACUACGCGAUCAACAGCAGCAACAGCAGCCAAUCCCGCCGUACGAUCCGCUAAAAAGAGGAGGAGAUCCCGAAGGAGUUGAUUUCGACUCUCUUCACGUUGAAAGGGACACCGGUGUGAUGCUGGCGGAGUGGUAUCUCGAGGCGCUUCGUGUGGGCGAGGAGCUGAGGCAGCACACGAUGAGGUCUUCCAUCGUUGGCAAGCCUUCUGUGCUGUCGCCGUUUGGGGAGAACCUGCCCCCACCGCAUCUACGCUACGCCGAUGUGCGCAACCCACCCGCGCUGGACUCUCGCUCAAAGUUCACCAAGGAGUCUAUUGUAGAGGAGGACGACGACUAG